CCGAGCGCGUGUUAGGCGUGCCACAGUCAAAGCGGCGGAGAAUGCAUCGCGAACUCUAUCGUUGCUUUGACCGACCCCCCAUCUACUUAAGCCCUUCUCCUCAGCACCCACCACACUCAUCGUCUCACUCUGUCACCAUCUGCGCACGCACAGCCUCCUACGUCAACUGCGCUUGAGCAUUGUUGCGUCCAUGGAGAUCGAGUUACGUGACAUCUCGCGCGACGCCACUAUCUGGGAGGUCAAACGCAAGAUUGGCUCGAUUCUGCAUAGCGAUUACUUCUAUAACCCAACAGACCCGAAGGAUCGCCCGGCGAAUUUCCAGGUCUCGUUGAAUGAAGGGCCAAACGGUAUAACGCACAAUGGUACAGGCAUCUUGUCUCUGGGGAGCCGCAAACUCGGCGAUAGGUUCUUGAGGUGGCUCCACAACCCCGGCCUUCACGAGUCCGAUAUCGACGUUCAACUGAACGGUCGCAAGAUCCGCUUCUUCAGGAGUAAGAACCGACCCAACCAUGGCCUUCAACAAAUCCUGGAGAAGGCACCAUAUCUCCCCCCGGAGAUAGAAGAAGAACGAGAAGACAAACUGCGCCAACUUGAUCAUUCAAUCCAUGUCGACAAGAUCCAAUUUGGCAUUUUCUAUCGUCCUGUUGACGCCAAACCCACCGAAGGGCGCGCGUUCUCCAACGAGUUCGAAAUUAGCCACCGUGAAAAGGGCGCAGGUAUUCUCUGGUUCGAGUACGAUCAUAAGUUGAUUCGCAUUCAGAUGGGCGACCAGAUGACUGAACAGAUUGCCCACAACAUUGCCAUCACAUUCGCCAACAUCCGCAAGAUAGCUAAGGGCAUCGAUUGUGGCAACCGAUUCGUAGUCUUCGAAUUACUAACUCCACCGAUGUUGGAAAAGCAACGAAUCAAUCGCGAGCUCACGGGAGACGCCAAGUGGGACACCCGUAAGUACCGGCAACGCCUUAGUAGUCUCAACGAAGCGCAUGCCAUCGCUGCGCCCUACGCCUAUCACAUCCGCGUCAUCAUGCAUGAGGACCGGGACAUUUGUGACUUUGCAAAUCUCUGCAAAAUCGCGGGUCUUCCGGAACCCAUCCUCGUAACGAUUGACACCUUCAAACGCGGAUUCUUCUCCCCCAGACAACUCUACUUGGUCCGUGAGUGGGUGCGCAAAUUUGACUGGGCGGUCGCAUUCCAGAUCGAAGCACUUCUCCAUAACGGACUUCUGCAUACCGAAGACCUGCUUGUUCAUUUGAAAAGGCCCAUCGACGAUUUAUAUGCGCGGGACCAGGCGGGCGCAGCCGAUGUUUUGCGCCUUUUCACUGAUGCACUUCGUUGCCGUGACGCGCGCUGCGAGAGCCCUUCGCAGUGCUUCGAACAUGUACGGCCCACUUUGCCAUUGAUGGAUUUCAAGCCGCUCCCUUUUCCUCCUGGAUACUUCCCUUGUCAUCACGUCACAUUCACUCCGACGCGGAUGAUCUUGGAGGGUCCAUACGUAAUCCAAUCGAAUCGUGUCAUCCGCCGUUACCAAGGUUACCAGGACCACUUCAUCAGAGUCGACUUCAGGGACGAGGACCGCCUGCAGUACCGUUGGGCACGCGAGGUUGACGGUACCUCGCUUCUCCAGGACCGCGUGGGCGGCCUUCUCAAGAAUGGCUUCGAGCUGGCGGGGCGUCAAUUCGAGUUCCUUGCUUACUCGCAGUCUGCUUUGCGCGAGCAUGCCGUCUGGUUCAUGAAUCCUUUCAUGCAUCACGAGCAUGGAUACGUGAAUGCGCAGGAGAUUCGCGACAGUCUUGGCGACUUCUCUGGUGUUAUCAAGCAUCCGUCUAAGUAUGCAGCACGUAUCGCCCAGGCAUUUACCGCGACAGACCCUUCUGUGACUGUGACGCGCGACCAGUGGGAAUUGGUCGAAGAUCUAGGAAAAGAUCCAUACUUGUUCACAGAUGGAGUGGGCACCAUUUCAGUCGAGCUUGGCAAUAGAAUCUGGGACGCUCUUUGUCGAGCUAUGCCAGAUGGUCGACAGAAGAAGUCGGUUAAGCCGUCUGCCUAUCAAAUCCGCUUCCUAGGUUUCAAGGGUAUGGUCGCAAUUGACGAACGGUUGGAAGGUGUCAAGAUGCGCCUGAGGCCAUCGAUGAACAAGUUCAGGGCACUGGAUGAAGAAGUGGGCGAGGUCGAGAUCGCUCGAGCAUUCGACAAACCUGGCACCUCAUACCUGAACCGGCCGUUAAUUGCGCUCUUGGAAGACCGUGGGGUGGAGAAGCCAGUGUUCGUUACACUCCAAGAACGCACAAAGAUGGAGAUUCAUACCGCGAGUGACUCAAUGGAGCGUUUCGUGGGCCUCCUGAAAGCGCACAAACUUGGAACGAGCUUCGGUCUAGACUUCAUUGUACGAGGCCUGCGUUCGAUCGGCAUGGGCUUCAAACACGAGAGGAACGUCAAGGUACUGCAAGAUCCAUUCAUCGACCGUCUCAUCCACUUCGCGAAGAAUCACGUACUCCGAGACGUCAAGCAUGGCGCCAGGAUUCCUAUACCAGAUAGUCACUUGCUGGUGGGAGUAGCGGACGAGGGGCCGGCGUAUGAGCAGGAAGGCGUCAAUAAUGUAUACUCGCUGAAAGACGGUGAAAUCUUUGCAUGCAUCCAGCAUUCAGAAGAUGAUCAACCUACCUACAUCAAAGGUUCAGUAAUCAUCACGCGGAGUCCUACGAUGCAUCCUGGGGAUAUCCAGCGAGUCUACGCCAUAGGCGAGCCCCCGGAAGAUAAAGUAUGCUUUUUCCGCAACCUCAAGAAUGUUGUUGUCCUACCGUCGACCGGGGAACGUUCUCUUGCAUCCUGCCUUGGAGGUGGUGACCUCGACGGCGACACGUACUCGGUCAUUCACUACGGUCCAUUGCUUCCAACUGAACACGCGGACCCGGCGAGCUACGAAUCUGUGCCGCCAAAUCUGCUGAACCGCCCGAGUACGAUAGAUGAUAUCUGUGACUUCGUCGUCGAAUACCUGAAUUCAGAUGUCCUGGGUCUGCUCUCAGAUAACCAUCUGGUCAUAGCAGAUCAAUCGAAGUAUGGUACAAAGGACGACAAGUGUCUGGAGCUUGCCCAGUUGUGCAGUCAAGCUGUCGAUUAUCCCAAGAAUGGUGUACCCGUGGACGCUUUCAAUGCCCCUAGGCGGUUGAUCCCGUACAAGCCGGAUUGGCACCAGGCCGAGGAUCCCAACCCUCGUGACACUGACUACUACAUCUCUACUCGUGCGCUGGGCGAUAUGUUCCGGAAUAUCGCACUGCUGGACCCGUCGAGCCUGCCUCCCGCGACGGCUCCGAAUGCCAAGACGAGGCCUCUCUCGGACGCGAUCUCACUUCAAUUGAAGCCAUGCAUUGAAGAGCAGCUUCGCCACUUCGAUAACGACGAAGGCGAGGUGGGGGAAAUGUCAACGCUAUUCCAGAGAUACGCGGAAGAGCUGCGCUUCAUCUGCAUGACGCACUCACUAUCUGAGGCCCCCGAGAUGCGCCUCACCGAAGAAGAGGCCGCGAUUGGCACCAUCGUCGCCAAAUGUUCGCAGAAGCGUUGGCGGUCUGACAGGACCCACAACAUGAAUGUGCAUGCCUCGAUGCUGGCGCGCGACAUCAGCAACAAGUUCUUCCACCAGACGUCGGAGGUGGUGCCGACGACGGGCGAGUUGCGAUAUGGCCUUUCGCAGGCCUGGUUGGCAUGGGACUUCAGCGCGCGCAACAAGGCGGCGUUCGGCGCGAACACCUUCGGCCUCAUCGCGCUGAGGGUGAUCUUCAACACGCUCGAGCUUCUCGGCGGUCUGAACAUCGUGCAGCAGCAAGUGGACGACGAGUCCGAGUCCGAGUCCGAGUCCGAGUUCGCCAACAUUCCCGUCUAGUUGUCACGUAGCAUGCUUGGAGGUAUCUAGUUCUCGCGCUCUGUACUCUCGAGAGGAUCGAAACGGAUUGGAUGCGGUGUACGACUAGGAAGGAGAUCAUGUAAC